AUGGUUUCAAGCAAGGUGAACCGCCGCCCGACCCCCAAGAAGGCCAAAAACGAGGGCUUUGAGUUUCCGUCCAAUCUCAACGAGGCUGGCCAGCUCUUCCUCAAUCACUGGGGCGAUGGAUUUGCCCUGGCCGUCUGCGUGCUCGUGGCUGCCUACUUUAUGCCUCUCACAACCCCACUGGCGGAGAUGAUUAUCGUCAUCAAUCACAACGUGACCAACCCCGCCGAUCUCAAGCAACACGAAUGGGUGGAGUUUGUGCCGGGUGUUCUGGACGUUCCCUUCAUCGUCUUUGCCGUAGCCGUCACCGCCGCCGUUCAGGACCUGAUUGGUGAUCUGAUUUUUUACAACUUGAACCGUCAGAUGCAGCCCAAGCUCUCCUGGCAACUCGUGGGCUCGACCAUGGUUGUCCGCUUCUUGAUCUUGAUCGGCGCCGCCACUUGUCUCAGCGACACAUGGAAGCCAGAUGGCGUUGGCUACGCCUGGCUCAAUAAUGACACUUCCGAACGUGCUUCUUUGGGCAUCAAGCUCAUGGCGCUCCUGUGCAUCGUGUCCCCACUCACCACCCUGACCAUCACCACCAUCCAAAAGAUGACUUCCAAGAGCAAGAACUUCAACAUGACGAUCGUGCUCUCCUCCGUCUGCCUCGCGGCGGGUGGUGCCCUGACUCACUUUGCUGGAUUUGAUCGGCUUCAAGCCGCUGUCAUCGUGGCCCUCUAUGCCGGAGCUGUCUUCUUUGCGCUGGCCGAGUUGAUGCAACACCUGGCCGUCCGCAAGAGCAACAAGCUUGCCAGCAACGUAGUUGGUACCGCCGAAAUUGCCGCGAGCCUGCAAAAGGCCAAGGUUCCCAUGCAGUUGGCUGGUGUUGCUGCCGCCGGCCUGAUGACCGCCUACACCCUGCUCGUGGCGGGGCCUCUGACCACCAACGGUCUGAUUGCCGGCGCUGGCAUUGCACUCAGUGCUGUGGGUCUCCUCAUUCCUUGCACCAUGCCCACCAUCACCUUUGACGGCAAGACCUACUAA